AAGACUAUUUUUGUGACAUUAUUUUAUGUUAUUGUCAUUGAACUCGGACCUAACGAGAUAAGUUUGUGAUAGAUUAUUGAAUAAAUGGAUUAAAGUUUGAAAUUAUUUCAAAAACUAGUUAAAAUUUGAAUGAUGAUUGAUCAAUAAACCAGGGUGUCCAACAAAUAAAUGGCCCAGCCCACGCCAGACCACACCACUCUCUCCUUCUCUCAUCUUCUUUGGGUUUUGGGUUUUGUCCUUUCCUCUGCAUCCGCCUGCAAAUCGGCGAUGGCGAACCCAAGGUGCUUCUUGGACAUAAGCAUUGGGGGAGAGCUGCAAGGCAGGAUUGUUGUUGAACUUUACAAGAAUGUCGUUCCCAAAACAGCCGAGAACUUCCGUGCUCUCUGUACCGGCGAGCGCGGCGUCAGCCCUCACACCGGCGUCGCCCUCCAUUACAAGGGAACUUGCUUCCAUCGUAUCAUGAGAGGGUCAAUGAUACAGGGCGGCGAUGUUUCCGCCGGGAACGAAACCGGCGGAGAGUCCAUUUACGGGCCGACAUUUGAAGACGAGAACUUCGAGCUGAAACACGACCGGAAAGGGACGGUGUCCAUGGCCAAUGCUGGCCCAGACACGAAUGGCUCUCAGUUCUUCAUUUCCACAACCCAACAGUCUCAUCUCAACGGGAAGAACGUGGUGUUUGGGAAGGUGGUGAGAGGACUGGGGUUGGUCCGGAAUAUCGAACGGGUGCCCGUUGGGGAAAUGGGCUGUCCAGAUCUUGAGGUGUGCAUCGUGGAUUGCGGCGAAAUCCCGGAAGGGGAGGACGAUGGGACGUGUAACUAUUUCAAAGAUGGUGACACUUUUCCUGACUGGCCACUCGAUCUUGAUGUGAAACCAGAUGAUGUUUCUUGGUGGAUUUCUACUACUGGAAGUAUCAAAGAUUUUGGGAAUGCACACUUCAAGAAACAAGACUAUAAAAUGGCUAUAAGAAAGUACUACAAGGCUAUACGAUACUUGGACAUUAGCUGGGAGAAGAGUGGGAUUGAUGAAGUGAGUGCCGAGUUCUUGAGGAAAAUGAGGUCCAACAUAUUCUCAAAUUGCUCUGCAUGUAAAUGUAAGCUUGGAGAUUUUGAAGGAGCACUGUUUGAUGCUAACUCUUCCAUUUCUGAUGUUAAGGACAACCCAAAAGCUUUUUAUCGCCAAGGGCAGGCAUACGUGGGGCUGAAGGCCAUAGAUGCAGCAGCUGAGAGCUUUACCAAAGCUUUGGAGUUGGAGCCCAACGACAGUGGUAUAAAGAAGGAGCUUGCUGCUGUGAGGAAGAAGAUUACUGAUAGACAAAAUCAGGAGAGGAAAGGGUACUCGAAAAUGUUCCAGUAGCUUCAUUCCUCAACGAUGGUAAGGCUGUUAUCCCAAAAUCUGUCUUUUCUGGUUUUGCGAAUGUUCAAAUGCCAAUGCUUGAACGGAAAUUUUUGACUGAACGUAAAGCUGCAAGGGGUGGAGUAAGUUGAUUACGCGAUGUUGCAAAUUUAAGAAGACUUGUUUUUUU